GAAAACGUGACAGUCCCCGACAUCGAUGUUUCGAACAGGACAUUGGAAGAGGAAUCGAGAGGAAGCUUUCAUAUCAAUGAUGGGGGAUCAUACGCAUUCAAUAUAAAGUCCAUUGCUACAAGUGAUGAAAGUGUCAAUUUUCUAGAGGGCUACAUGCGGCUCAAAGAUGCAGAAAAAACAGAUUAUGGCGCCGUACUGCAGGCAGGAGGUGUCCAUUUUCUAAGCAAUGGCAGCAUAUAUCUUAUAGAGCAAACUAUGAGUUCGAGGAAUUGUUGCACAUGCUACCGACCAACCAAUCUAUGACCAAGACAAGGGCAGCGUUGAUAGAGCAAAUUGACAAGCGCGUUGAGGAGUUAAAGACACUAGCGUCCUGGGGUGAUCAGAUUGAAGAUCAACCGCCGAUGUCUGUAAACUUUGGUUGUUCAUUUCAAAUGUUUGCUCAACUACACCCUGUACCAUCAGAUGUAAAGUUACUACAGCUCUUGGAAUACGAAAAAGAGCUGGAAAAUCCCCAAGGCAUUAGCACGAUUCGUCCUCCUCCUCUCACAAUGUCGGCCGUCAUGUAUUCUCCCAAUUGUGGGUUGGCACUUACUUCUGAUGACGGCAUCGGCGCCAAAAUCGAACGAUACUAUAGUAAAGCAGUUUCCUACGCAACCAUGGCAAGCGUGUUGGCUAUAAUUCAGAUAUUCGCUUUGAUCCACCAGAUGGAAUAUACCCCCACACCUUCGAGCGUCUCAAAUGUCUCCUACUGGACAGUUGCUAUGCAAUCCAUGAUGGAUGGCUACUUGAGUUUGUUGCACCUAACGACAGGCGUUGUCAUUGAAACGGUCUUUAUGCCAUUUGCCACUGCUGCGUUCUUUAGUUUUGUUUUGGUAUCGGUAUUUGGCAUGCGCUAUUUGUUACUAAUAUGGCGAAUUCAGCGGCCCGAGAGUGCGCGAUCAUCGCCUUCCAACAACAACAAUAACAAUAGCAAUAAUGAUGAUAACGGAACAACAGCAAAUGGCAACCAAGAAGAACGAGGAACUAUCUUACCCCUCGCUAACCGACCACAACCAACACCGCAGCCUGUUUCCGAUCCACGACGUGACAUCAGUGCACUGUAUUAUAGAAUGUACGCGCUUCUGUUGUUUGGACUGUUCCUAUUCUAUCAAACGGCAACACGUUCUGCAUUUGUUCAAAGUAUUAUUAUCGGAACCUUAGGCUUUGGUUUUUAUUCCUUCUGGAUACCUCAAAUUGUGCGCAACAUUUUACGCGGCUGUCGACGACCUUUGAGCAGACGCUAUGUGAUCGGCAUGAGUGUCACUCGUUUGGGAAUACCUCUGUAUUUCUAUGGUUGCCCAGAAAAUCUGAUUGCACACGAACCAUCGCCUUGGGUGUGGGCAUUAGUAGGUUACGUAGCCUUGCAGGUGUUUAUACUUUUCCUCCAAGAUAUUCUGGGCCCACGAUUCUUUGUGCCUGAGAAGUAUCUACCGCAAACAUACAAUUAUCACCCUGUAUUACCUGUCGAAGACGAGGAAAAUGUUCAGGAAAACAGUGACAAGUCACGACACCCGCGGGAUUGUGCAAUCUGUAUGCUUCCUGUCGAUACAUCCGCUAGUGGUCCAACUGGGCUCCAUGUCCUUGGACGGGCGCAAUACAUGCUAACCCCUUGCCAGCAUUUAUUCCACACCGAUUGUUUGGAGAAAUGGAUGCGCAUUAAACUGGAAUGCCCUGUCUGCCGCUCGUAUCUCCCAGCAUGUUGAACAUAAUAUUAGUAAAAAGAACUCCACUAUAUAUCCCACUUUUUUUCCACUCUAGUCACCAAAAGUCCUUUCAUUCCCCUUCCAUCUGCUAAAGACUUCUUCUUUGAACAAGUCAAUCUUUCUGUACAUGUUCCUUUCUUUCUUUCCAUACUACGUCACGAUCAGUUUCUUUUUUGCUUUCCCUCCUUUCUUGUUUGUAAAGUUUUAAUAUUACAUUGUUGUUAAUUGUCUUUCUUUUCUUUGUAUAUCGUAAUAUGUUCU